AUGAAAAGUUCAAAAAUAAUAAAUAAUACGAACAAGUCUGGGCACAGAAUGCAGUCUGCAACCCACCACGCUAGUUUUGAAACAUGGAUGCGAAUAAAUUACCUCUUUUUUGUUAGUAGAAUAUUGCAACGGUUUUUAAUACUCACACAUUCUAUCAGACCGAGAGCUAGUCGACAAAUUUGUUUAAAUGAUAAUUUUAUGACAUCCAAGCACACUGCAUACAAAUUUGUUUUCAAAUUUUUUAAUUAUCCACUUCGAAGGCUCAAGAUAACUUGGUAUGUAAAUUCUUUUUUGCUUGGUUUUAAAAUGGGUAUCGUUUCAAAUUAUAAACUGGGGAAACAAACUAAUUAUUUUUAUGUUCCAAAAAUACAACAUUUUCCACCUUACAAGUGCCGAUUGAAGCGUUUCUUUGUCCUAAAAGCAAUAUACGGCAAACACAUUGGGCAAGUUAGUUGCUUUCGUUAUUUUUAUGAAUCUGUUGUGUUAGAAAUCAGAACAUUAAAUGUCACCAAAGACAGAAAGUGA